CAUCUCUCACGCUAAAAACACUUCCAAAACAGUAUAAAAAAUUUAAAACAAUUUUUCAAGAAUAUAAAAAACAGAAUAAAAAGUAUUCCUGUUAAAAUUUAUUGCGAAAAAUUGCUUUACUUUAAGCGAAAAUGGACUGCGCAUACUGCAACCGUAGCACAGAGGGGUGCGCCUCGAUCAAAUGCAGCCUGUGCGCGUCCCAGUUCCACCUGGAGUGCGUGAGUAGCGAGCACCUGGUGCCCAGCAACAACAGCUGGCGGUGCUGCAAGUGCGAGGCGAUGGCGGCGGCUGCGCUCGCGCCCCCGGUCAUUGAUUCAGUUCGUGCAUAGAUCGUAAUUGCCAAGUGUAACAUGGUGUAAUAGUGUAAAUUGACUGUGAUUCUGCCGAAGUUCAUUUUGAAAUAAAUACAGUGGUUCUUAUUUGGUCGUUUUAUUUUC